AUGGACAUGCCUACCAUUGAUGUGGACCUUGGGCCGGAGAAGUUUGAAGAGGAAAAACAAGGAGGACCUUUGUUUCAUUGUGAUCUUUGUGAUACAGAAGUAGUUCACAAGUUGGCACAAAUGUUCCUUCCAGGUCUAGCUAGUGCUUGUGUUGAUAAUACAUCAGGAGAUCUCUUUAAGACAGCCGGUUCAGUAGCUGUUGAUAUGAGGAAGGAGAUGAUAGAAUAUCUUACCCAAAGAAGUGAAUCAUUUGUUGCUGAGUCUGUUAUAUUGGAAGGUGGUCCAGACGGUGAAGUAUCAGACCAUCCUUAUGAUAUUAUUUCUAAUUUAGUUGAUGAUUUUGCAAGUUCAAAGAGAAAUUUGUUUAGUCGGGUUUCUGGAUGGCUACUAAGUGAAAAGAGAGAAGAUAACAUAGAAGAUUUUGUUCAAGAGAUGGAAGUAAAUGGGUUUUGGACACUUGAGAGGAGGGAAAAAAUUGCAGAAACUUUGUUAAAAAAUGUUGACUUUGAGAACUCAUAUCAUUGCAACAUGAGUUUUAAUGACAUAGAAGAUCUUGCCAAUCAUAAAGAUAAUUGCAACUUUAGAUCUAUAAUAUGUGAAAAUGAGGGUUGCAAUUCUAGAUUUUGCGCAUCUCAUCUAAAUGAUCAUGAUUCAACUUGUCCUUUCAAGAUAAUUCCGUGUGAACAGAAGUGUCCUGCUAACAUUAUGAGACGUGAGAUGGACAGACAUUGUAUAACUGUUUGUCCAAUGAAGCUUGUAAAUUGUCCUUUUUAUGCUAUUGGUUGUCGAUCAGCAGUUGCACAAUGUAUGAUUGAAAAACAUCGUUCUGAUGAUAUUAAUUCUCACUUGUGGCAUUUUCUUAAAGGGAUUUACAAAGAAGCAUCUGGAGAUGAUCUCACUCGGCGAGUGGAACAAAUAAUAGAGGUAAGUAGCCGUUUAACAGAGGCUCGAGAUGUUAGAUCUUUAAGCUUCAUUGUCAAGGAUAUUGAAGCUAAGCUAGAACCUUUCAAAGUAACGAUUGUGGAUAAAAGUGAUGUAAAGACUGACGCCAAUAAUGGUGAAGAGGAAGGUGGCGAAAAUAAUAUGAACAAUGCUGAAAGAAGCAUUAAUAUUUCAAAUAUGACCAUUUCUCCAGAUAAAGUUGAAGCGAGUGAUACACUGAAUGCAUCACAAAAUGAAGAUAAUAAGCCUAGUUAUGUUGAAAAUGAAGGUCAUAAAGAAAGGACAGAAACUUCAAAUAUGACAAAUGUAUCUGAUACUACUAAAACUGACCUCUUGAAUGACAAUAAUCAAGAUGUUGCAACUUCAGAAUUAACAACUAAAGCAGAUGAUGAAAAGAGCAUUCAAACACUCAACAAAAAUAUGUCCAAUGAGGAAGUUGGUGUAAAAAACAAGAACGAUGCAGAGAAUGAUACUAAAAGCAAACCUAUUGAAGACAAUGAGCAAAUACUAAAUGAAGACAAUAAAUUCAAAGGUAAGGAUGACCAACAAAACAUAUAUAAUUCAAAAAUGGAACUCAAGGAUGGUGCACAGAGUAAUGUCAAGGAUAAAGAUGGUGAAGAUGACAACUAA